AACGGGAGGAGGGCCACCGCGGGGAGAGUAUCAACAGCAGGGCUCAAACUAAACGUGUAGUAUGCUCUCUUUCUGAUGGAUCUUGCACCUGUUUGAGGAUCAAUGUGCUCCAAAUCGACCGAGAGCCUUUCAACUUCUUUCUGAACUCUGUUAUAAACUCUCCCGCACGAUUAAAGGCACUUUGAGGGAGUUUGGACUGAGAAGAUUGCGCACAUUUAAAAAGAAAAAGAAAGUCAGUGCUUGGAGUGUUUAAAUGGACUUUAAAUGGACUGAUGUCGGAGUCAUGAGGGUGGCAUGGGUUAAUGGAUUUUAUUGAAGCUGCGAAGAGUUUUUUUUUAGAAAGUCUGAGCACCAUGGAUGUCGAGGAAUAACAAGACUUUCUUUUGAUCCACGCUCGGACUGAAAGAGGGAAAAAAAAUGUGACCACCUGCCUUCUUCUCCCAGCACCUUCUUAUUUUUCUUUUAAGUCGUGUAUGUGUGUGUGCGUUUGUGGUGUUUGAUCUCUCUGAAGAGAAAGGAAUAGACGGAUAAACUGGGUCUGUAGUAGGAGUCUAAAAGAAGAGCAUCAAUGGACUGAAACACUGCACUUUCUGCUUCAAGUGAAAAGUGCCUCAAGCAAAGCAUUUGACGAGACCUUCUGGAUGAGCUGGACCAAUCACAAGGACCAGGUUAAUCUGUUGGGAGAUGUGUGAAGGAGUGUGACGGACGGCCAUGGGACUGGAGAGACAGUGGCUUCAGGCUGUCACCACUGCUGUAGCCAUUUGUCUGCUAAGUGUGUCUCAAGGUGCAGCAUCGUUGGUUCGUGCCCGAGAGGGGAGCUCCGCAGAGUUAAGCUGUAGCCUCGCUCCUACAUCCAGUGAAGCCACCACCCCAAGCCUCUUUCCACUACAUGUGGUGGAGUGGGUGCGCCUUGGUUACAGCGUUCCUGUCCUCAUCAAAUUUGGAGUGUAUGCUCCUCGUGUUCAUCCCAACUACAAGGGCCGUGUGUCUCUGACCCGGGGCGCCUCUCUGCUGAUAGAACGGCUGACCCUGGAGGACGAAGGCUGGUUCGAAUGCCGCAUCCUGCUCCUGGAGAGCAAAACCGACGACUUUCGAAAUGGCACAUGGACCUUCCUCUCCAUCACAGCUCCACCCGUGUUUAUUAAGACACCGCCAACUUUUGUGGAGGUUCUGCUCGGUGACUCGCUGACUCUCAGCUGUGGAGCCCAUGGCAACCCUCGACCAACUGUCGUCUGGCAUAAAGACGAGAGCCUAAUUGAGAAACAUGAGAAAAUAAAAGUGCUGAAUGGUAGCUUGUCUUUGGCCUCUGUCACACGAAAUAUUUCUGGAGUUUAUAAAUGUCACGUGUCCAACUCAGAGGGGAACCUCACCCACUACACGCAGCUGCAGGUCAAAGGCCCUCCAAUCAUCCUCAUUUCCCCAGAGGACACCACUCUCAACAUGUCCCAGGAUGCAGUUCUGCAGUGUCAGGCUGAUGCCUACCCAUCAAACCUGACAUAUGAAUGGUUGAAGCAAGGACAGAAUGUUUACCAUAUUGAAUCACUUAAGUCUCGAGUGAAGGUUUUGGUGGAUGGAACACUUCUUAUCCCUAAUCUCAUCCCGGAAGAUGCUGGAAACUACACCUGUAUCCCAACAAAUGGGAUACUGAGCCCACCCUCAGCCUCUGCCCAUCUGAAAGUUAAACAUCCUGCGCGUGUAGGCCGAAUGCUGCGGGAAACAUAUUUGCCCGUAGGCAUGGAGGGGGUCAUUGUCUGUCCUGUCCAAGCCGAUCCCCCUGUGCUGUACGUCAACUGGACCAAAGACGGGAACGUUUUAAAUCCUGAUAAUUACCCAGGUUGGAUGGUGAACUCAGAGGGCUCAGUAUUUAUAGCGACAGCCAAUGACAAUGCUGUGGGUAUGUACACCUGUACGCCUUAUAACAGCUAUGGCACCAUGGGGCAGUCUGAACCCACCCGUGUCAUCUUAAAGGACCCACCAUCGUUCCGCGUGCCUCCUCGACCUGAGUAUUUCCAGGAGGUGGGCCGGGAGUUGAUCAUCCCCUGUGAAGCCAGUGGAGACCCUGCUCCAAACGUGACAUGGAGCAAGAUUGGCCCUACGCCUCGCUCCCCAUACACUGUAUUGGCUAACGGCUCCCUCCUGCUGCAGCCAGUUAGUAAAGAUCACCACGGGGGUUGGGAGUGCCUGGCCACUAAUCGUGUAGCCACUGUCAGUGCAGGCACAGUGGUCAUGGUGCUGGGCACCAGCCCUCACGCUGUGUCCUCAGUGUUUGUCACCACAGAGGUGAACCAGGCAAAUGUGUCCUGGGUGCCAGGCUUUGAUGGUGGAUUCACCCAGAAAUUCACUGUCUGGGUCAAGCAGGCAUCCAGGGGGAAACAUGAAUGGGCGUCUUUGCCAGUGCCAACAUCUAAAAACUACCUGCUGGUGACUGGGCUACUUGCCGCCACUGGCUAUCAGUUCAGCGUCCUACCUCAGAAUAAGCUCGGCUCUGGACCUUUCAGCGAAAUUAUAACUGUGCGAACUCAAGCUGUGCCAACAGAAGCACCUACAGCUGUCACCACUCUCCCAAUUCUGGAUCCUCCCAUAUUCCUGUCAGCCAACCGGACCGAGCAAGGCGUUCUGCUGCGAUGGUUUCCUCCCGAAGCUCCAUUUUCUCCACUGACAGGUUAUGUACUGCAGGCCCGCAGGGAUCAGGGGCAGUGGGUCAUCCUCACCAGCAACAUCAGCGCCAAUCAGAGUGACCUGCUUGUUCAGGGGCUGCUGAGGGACUCGAAUUAUGAUCUGAGGCUUAUGUCUCGCUGCAGUAAAGUGCUCAGUGAGCCCAGCGAGUCUGUCAAUGUAUCCACCAUCGGGAUGGAGGUUUACCCCCUGCGCCCAAGUCUCUUGGAGGUUAUCCCUGAGCCGCUGUUGGCUGGUGUGUUAGCUGGAGUGUGCUUCCUGUUUGUGGCCAUCGUUCUGUCUUUGGUGACAGCAUGCUACAUGAGUCAGAGGAGACAGCGCCGGCGCAGGAAGAGAAGACAAGAUCUGCCAUCUGCACUUCAGAAGAGCACAUCUCAAGAAGUUCGCUCACCCCCUCGCAGUCCAGACAGUGUCCUGAAGCUGAAGCUGUGUCCACCACUUCCUUUCUUUCCCAACUCGUCCUGCUCACAGUCCGAUCGAUCCUCGUUUGACAGGGGAAGUCACGGCGAAUACCACGACCAACGGAAGCAACUCUUGUCCAAUUCUUCUCCGCCACCUCAUUACACACUCUUUGAGAGUCACCUGGGGUCUCAGGCGCCCUCACCAAGUGCUCUGGAGUCCAUUUCCAGAGGUCCGGAUGGACGCUUCAUUGUCCAGCCACUGCCAGAGGGUUCUAGUCCCUUGAAUAGAAAACAUUUAAAGAAGACUGUCCUACAAAGUAAUGGUGGAGCUGGUGGGGCAAGUGGCUCAGGAAGCAGCAGGACAUCCUUUAGGGACUCUGCAAAGUCGAGCAUUUUAAGCUCAGAGAAAGAUGAGAGGAAGGAUUCUCCUCUCACGGUGGAUGUCCCGGAGCUGAGCAGGCCUCCUUCCUCCCCUGGAAGAGUACGGGCCAUGGCCAGAAACUUCUCCCGUCAUGGCUGCUUUUAUUCUGAUGACGAGCAAAGCUCAGAGGCUCUUUUAGAAAGAGCCAGCUUUUAUUCAGACAACAGUGAGAAGAAAUCCAGUGAUCCUCUGAGGAGGUAUCGCAUGACAGGACACACAGAAGACCUGCUGCCCUCCUUUGGAAGGAGGACAAAGCUUCUGGAUAGAGACACAGACAGGCCGCAGCCUUCAAGCUAUGAGCCUAUGGAGAGUCAGUUGACUAAUAACAGCACCUUAGUCUCACAACUUGACAGUGAGCUGGAGAGGGAUAACAUUAACAAGUGUGUCCAGCUGGCAAAAGAGAGGGAAGAAAUGGAGAGAGAGCUAAAGAGCUAUACAGCUGAGCAAAGAAGUCGAAAUCGUGGGAGAGAUGAACAUCAGACUAAUAAAACAGAAAGUCCUCAGAGGGAUGAGCCUGAGUCAGAAGAAGAACCUGUAUGGAAACCACAAGAUGUUAGUAUCAGACAGAAACAUAGGCCUUUGGGUCAAACAAGUCGCGUGUCUGACUAUAGGAGAGCGUGCUACUUUGGCAACACAAGCAGUCCCAUGGACCGGCUCCCCAUGUCUCGCAUUCAGUGGGACAUUAGCCCUGUAACAUCUGUGACCAGCCUUAUUCCUGUACAGACUCCUCAGGAGACCGCAUCGCCCAGGCCACGGCGUCCUCGCCUCUGUAGAGAAACCACAGAGGACUCGCUUGCUGUUGAUUCAUCACAGUCUCCGGUCACCCAGAACACCUCUCUCCCCACAAUCUCCCCUGAUGUUACUAGUGAACCCCCUUCUAUGUGUGUCGACGAACCAGAUCGAGCGCGGUCACUGAGUCCUCAGGGAGAUCCUGAUAUAUACAUGAAGUCCAUCAAUGAGCAGGACAUAAUGGAAAAGACACAGCAUGAAGAUAUUGCAGGACGGAGGUCAAGGCAUUCGUAUGCUUAUGGGGGCACUCAUCUCUGGGAGACAGCUGCCAAAAGUCCUUCAUUAAUGAGUGAGAGGCCUGAAAGUUCAGCUUCUUCACCUUGUAAUCAGCCUGAGAGACCUGCAGACACAGACUACACAUCCACAAGGGAUCCCAGUACCUCCAGUUACUCUACUUUGCCUUAUGAGCAUCACAAAGUGGGGCCAAAGGCUAAAGGCAGAGAGACUCCAGUCCAGGAUGACCGACGAAGUUCAGGAUUUUACUCUGACUUAGAGAAAGAAGGAAUCCGAGCACGCUCCCGGAGGAGCGACAGAUGCCUUUUCUCUGACAGCCCUAGCCCCAUAUCAUCCUUAACUCUCGUGGAAGAAGCCGAGAGCGACCAGUCUCAAUUUUCUGUCCCCAGAAUGUCAGACUCCUUCAAGGCCAAGCCCACAGCUCAAUCUCCCAAAAUGUCCCCACUCCAGACAAGUGCAAUUCUCGAGUAUCUGAGCCUUCCUGGUUUUAUUGAAAUGAGUGUGGAUGAGCCUGUGGAAGAAGUCACAGACAGCAAAGGGGAAAACUCAGAACUAAAGCCAGAAAAAUCAGUGGUGGCUAAACCUGAUGUAGUUCCUAAAAACUGGGAGGUUCAUGUUCAGGAAAACCAUGAAACUGGCUCAAACCAAGAAGCGGUUUGCUUUAAACAAACUCAUUCUGCAGGCGCUGCUGAGGCCAGCUUUGACACUAGUAAAAAACAAGAUUAUGGACGUUCCCGCCAUGGGGAAGCUAGAGUAAGAUUUCCUGAUGACCCAAAACCAUUCUCACCCGGCCCAGAAAAAACUAGCAAGCAGCUCUAUGAUGAGAAAACAAAGAUUCAGGUUGGAAAUAAGAGCACAUACAGGCCCGAAUCCAGACUUGGGUCCAGGUCAGCUCACACCUUGUACAGUGCAGCUAAAGGCAUGGCGGAUAUAGUGUCAAAACACUCACAGAGUUUUGUAGACAGUAGUGAGUCUUUAUCAGAGCAAUCCCAAAGACAAGCUUCUCAGGGCAGCAGGACUAAUAACAUUGUAUCGCGUAUAAAUCAAGCCCCUGUGCCAUUUCUAAAGAAAUCCUUAAGCAUAGGUCCCUGCAGGACUCUUUCAGGUAUGGGACAGCCUCGUCCUUUUCUAAAGAAAUCUAUCAGUCUGGGCCCACAGAGGUGGGAGCACUUUGAGAGCCCAAGGACUUAUAUUUCUGAGAGAUGCUACUGGGACGAAUUCCCAAACCCAGACGUCAGGGUGAAGUCCUAUAGUUUGGGUCGCACACCGCCUUCCCUCCCCAGGCCAGGCCCCUCCUGGAGGGAGUAUGUCCCGUUCAGGCGCCCCAGCAUGGGCAGCUUAGAGAGGCCUCAUCACGCACAAAGAUCUUUAGCUAGUCCUUCCUACCUCACGCCUGCUGCAUAUCUACCCAGACAAACCUCAGUCUCCCCACUGAUGGAACCCUCCGAUCCACGACGGCAAGCUACCGUUUUCCCAGAAUCCUCCAGAUGGUCCCCCACUUAUCCUGAAGCUCUGAGGUCUGUCCAACAUAAAUAUGUCCCCAUGCCCUCCUCUAUCCCCAUCCCCCACUACCAGCACCAGCACUGGGCAGGAUCCAGAGGGGAGGGCCUGAAACCCAUGGACUCAAGGAGAGGUCCUCCGAGGUCCUACCUGCCCAGGGGCAUUAGCUGGCCCUCACCUUACUACGCCCCUUUCCCACCACGAGAGGGAGAGAUCUACAGGCAUCCUGACAGGAUGAUGGGGAGGGGAGGGGAGACCGAGAUCCGGGAAGGCAGAGAAAUCAGGGAGGGGGGCAGGGCCAGUUAUGCCAGUCAGAGCAGUGGUAGAGGGAGUGCUGGACUCUUCCGGCAGUCCCUGUCCAUCACUCCCACGCUGCUCAGCUCCCCAGAAACCACAGAGGAAAAUGAGCGUCACAGAGCUGACAUGGAUUUGCCUGAGAGGAGAGCGAAAAGAAGGAACACAUCAGUAGAUGAGAGUUAUGAGUGGGACUCUGCUGAUGCCUGUGUGGACUCUGAGGUCCUGGAGGCCACAAAGUUUGAUCAGUCACAAACAGGUUUACAGAGAGGCAGUCGGGAUCAAGCCGGUGGCCUCCAGGAUCAGCGGUUCAAAGGCCCGUCUCCCUCAGUCAGCCCGCCAGUUUUCAAUCCACCUCGAUGCCAGUUCAGCCGCUCUCUAAGUGAAGCACGUUUCAACGCUCUCCGCCUGGAGUACGAAGAGUACAGGCGUGCUCAGGAAUCCAUCUGUUCCCGUGAGCCCUGCGUCACCCCUGGCCACGAUUCAGACUCUGACUCCAGCUCAGCACUGCUCUAGCAGCUUAACUCGGUACCUCUAAGGGAGAUAUCAAAUAGCAGUUUUAAUGAAUUAACGACAGCGCUGUGGUCACCACACAGUCACACCUCACUGGAGCUUUGUUAUGUGAAUCCUCUUUUAAAAUGGACAUUGCUCAUCAAAUGUAAGACAGCAACUCUUCGGUUGUUUUUGGAUUGCGUAUUCUUUUUCUUGUCUUGUUGUUCCAUUGUGCUUUGCAUAAUGAAGCUGAAAAGGAAUUAUUUAUUUUUCUUACAAAGUGCGUGCAGCUGUGUUUGAGGUUUUAUUUUGUAAUCUUGACAAUCAGGCCCAAAGGAAUGAAAAGUUUAGGGAGGCUUAAAAAUUUUUUUACAGUCCACAGCUCAGAAAGACCUGCUUUAUAAAAGCAACAGCCUGCUACGUAUUUGGACUGUUUAAGGCGCUCCUUUAGUAAAAAAAAAGGGGAUGUUUGGGCAGUGUCUGUGUCUCUAAUGUCGCCUGUGAUACCAAUCAAACAGCACUAAAAACAGUUUCUUCCCACUCCCACUUAAUAAGACUAAGUACUUAAAUAAUAAUAAUAGUACUUGCAGUUUAAAUAAUGCUAAGGCUUCCUGCAAUUUGUGUUACUGAUCCUUUACAAGAAUUGAAAAGAACUUGCUCACUUCCUGCUACGACUCGCCCUUUGGUUGCCUAAAAUUAUGUGUCCCACAUAUUAUCUGUCCCAGUAACAUCCUCCCAUUGAGCUCUUAUUAAUCAGUUCACCUAAAAUGUUGCCCCUGUAUUUGUUAAAAAUGUAUAAAUGUUUAUAUAUAGUUUAUUGUGAAUGAUUGAAUGUUGUAUUGUGUACAGUCCUCUUCAAAGAAAAACGCUUCUUUACUCCACCUGAGUCAGUCAGACUUUACCUCUGCGAUUUAUGAAUAACAGAUACUGUAACACUUGAUAAGAUACACAGGGAAAUUUAUUUUUGCCUUAUUUUAUUCACAUCACCCUGAAUGACAGUGGAGAGGUUUCGACUGGCGGGAUGUAUUCAAACAAAAACCGGAGGAUUCACACUGAUUGAACACCUUCUCCUCACACAUUGAGUAUUUGUGUAUAUUUAUUGAAGCGACUUACGAUAUGCAACGAUGUUUACAAUUCACAUCCUCGAUGUGAAGGCAGCACUGUGAAUAUUUCAUCGACUUCUGAUUCUGUAUUUGAAGUCUGUUAUGAAUUUUGUGCCCGUUUUUUUGUUUGUUUUUGGUUUAUUUUUUACCGAACAGAAGACGCUUUUGUACAUCACCUGACAAACAGAGAUCUAAAGAAUAUCUUUGUAGCUAUAGUUUGGGAUUUGUACUAUAUUUACUUUCCUAACCCAGAUGAAAAUGCAUUUCUGACGAUGGCUUUGGAAGCUCUGUAUAAACUGGAAAUUUUUAUAUCUUACCACCUGGCUGUUUUUUGUCAUUUUUAUAUGUUUGUAAUGAAUAAAUUGUUUUAUUCAGAAUGCAUCAGA